AUGCUGGCCUCAGAGCUCCUUCUGGUGGCUUUGCUCACCUGCCUGACAAUGAUGGUCUUGAUGUCUGCCUGGAGGCAGAGGAAGCUCUGGGAGAAGCUCCCUCCAGGACCCACCCCAUUGCCCUUCAUCGGGAAUUACCUGCAGCUGAACACACAGCAAAUGUACAACUCUCUCAUGAAGAUCAGCGAGCGCUAUGGCCCCGUGUUCACGGUCCACCUGGGGCCGCGGCGCAUUGUGGUGCUGUGUGGACACGAGGCCGUGAAGGAGGCGCUGGUGGACCAGGCUGAGGAAUUCAGUGGGCGAGGAGAGCAGGCCACCUUCGACUGGCUCUUCAAAGGCUAUGGGGUGACGUUCAGCAAUGGCGAGCGAGCCAAGCAGCUCCGGCGCUUCUCCAUCACCACGCUGCGGGACUUUGGUGUGGGCAAGCGUGGCAUUGAGGAGCGGAUCCAGGAGGAGGCGGGCUUCCUCAUUGAGGCUUUCCGGGGCACACAAGGCACCUUCAUCGAUCCCACCUUCUUCCUGAGCCGGACAGUGUCCAAUGUCAUCAGCUCCAUUGUCUUUGGGGACCGCUUUGACUAUGAGGACAAAGAGUUCCUGUCACUGCUGCAUAUGAUGCUGGGAAGCUUCCAGUUCACAGCUACAUCUAUGGGUCAGCUCUGUGAAAUGUUCCCAUCAGUCAUGAAACACCUGCCAGGACCACAGCAACAGGCAUUUAAGGAUCUGAAAGGUCUGGAGGACUUCAUAGCCAAGAAGGUGGAGCAGAACCAACGCACGCUAGAUCCCAACUCCCCGCGGGACUUCAUCGACUCCUUCCUCAUCCGCAUGCAGGAGGAGCAGAACAACCCCAACACAGAGUUCUACUUGAAGAACCUGGUGCUGACCACACUGAACCUCUUCUUUGCGGGCACUGAGACAGUCAGCACGACCCUGCGGUAUGGCUUCCUGCUGCUCAUGAAGCACCCAGAUGUGGAGGCCAAAAUCCACGAGGAGAUUGACCAGGUGAUUGGCAAGAACCGGCAGCCUAAGUUUGAGGACAGGGCCAAGAUGCCCUACACAGAGGCAGUGAUCCAUGAGAUCCAAAGAUUUGGAGACAUAAUCCCCUUGAGCCUGGCCCGCAGAGUCACCAAGGACACCAAGUUUCGGGAGUUCUUCCUCCCCAAGGGCACUGAAGUGUUCCCUAUGCUGGGCUCUGUGCUGAGAGACCCCAAGUUCUUUUCCCACCCCCGAGACUUCCACCCCCAGCACUUCCUGGAUGAGAAGGGCCAGUUUAAGAAGAGUGAUGCUUUUGUGCCCUUCUCCAUCGGAAAGCGGUACUGUUUCGGAGAAGGUCUGGCUAGAAUGGAGCUCUUUCUCUUCCUCACCACCAUCUUGCAGAACUUCUGCCUCAAGUCCCCUCAGCUGCCCCAAGACAUUGACGUGUCCCCCAAACUUGUGGGCUUAGCCACUAUCCCACGAAAUUACACCAUGAGCUUCCAGCCCCGCUGA